GAUGACUGUCUCACCUCAUGCAUUCUCUACAUCUUUUAACAAGUAAUGAUGGACCAGAAUUUCUUGUGUAUCAGCUUGUGUAUCUUGUGUGUGUUUCAAUCAGUUGUGGCAUUCAACAUUGAUCCUGUUAAAUGGAGAAGUUUCAAAGGACCUUCAGAGAGCCAAAACGUUGCCUUUGGCUAUAAGAUAAUACAGAGAGAAUCAUCAAGAGUUAUUGUGAGUGAUCCUCUAAUUCAAAUCAACCAGGAUAGAAGAGGGAAAAUUUAUAGCUGUCCUGUCACACAACAAACCUGCUCACCAUUGGACAUUAAUGUGCCAUCUGAAGCUGUCAACAUGUCUCUUGGACUUUCCAUGAUUCAGGAUCAAAAAUCUUCAAAAUUGGCGAUUUGUGGUCCCACCAUUCCAAAGAACUGUAAAGGAUUCACUUCCUACAAUGGCAUGUGCUUUAUAAGUGAAAACAAUGUGGUUAAACCACCUAUACCAAGCUCUCUAAGAGACUGCCCUGGUCAGAUUGAUAUAGCUUUUUUAUUAGAUGGCUCUGGGAGUGUAGGGUGGAACAAUUUUAACACAAUGAAGAGGUUUGUGGCAAAUGUGAUUAAACGGUUUGCUGGGCGGGAUGCACAGUUUGCCAUUGCACAGUACUCUGUUUAUUGUUCCAUUCACUACGACUUCAUUCAACUCAGUCAAAAAAGCACGUGGGAAGAAAAUGUGAUGAAUAUAAAUUACAUGGGUGGUGGAACCUUGACUGCAAAUGCCAUCAUACAAGUUGUGAAUGAACUAUUUACACCAGUUAGAGGGGCAAGACCAUCAGCAAAUAAAAUCCUGCUUGUUGUUACUGAUGGACAGUCACAAGACGGCGGCAGACUGGCAGAAGCAGAAUCACUGGCAAUGAAAAAGAACAUCAUACGAUUUGCGAUUGGGGUUGGUGCUGCUUUUGAUUAUCCCACUGCAAGAGAGGAGUUGAAUAAAAUUGCUACAGAUCCAGAUAUUGAUCAUGUGUUCAAGGUGACAGACUUUGAUGCACUGAACAGUAUUCUUCAAAAACUAGAAGAGAACAUUAUUGCUAUUGAAGGAACCCAAACAUCUGGUGAUUCCUCCAGAAUGGAGUUUGCACAGGAUGGAUUCAGCACAGCUUUCACAUUAUAUGGAAGUGUGUUACUGAGUGCUGUGGGAGCUUACCAGUGGAAAGGUGGAUAUGAGGAAUAUGCAUAUGGUUCCUUUCAAUCAGGCAGUGAACAUGACAGUUAUUUAGGUUAUUCAAUGGCUAUUGCAACACUGUCAAACAUCCACUUUGUAAUUCUGGGAGCACCAAGAUACAAGCACCAAGGUCAAGUCAUUGUUUCACUACUCAGAAGCAGUUUGGAUAAACUGACACUGGAUCCCCAAGGUUGUUCACUCCCUCAGAUUGGGUCAUACUUUGGAGCUGAGGUGUGUGUGGUGGACUUAAACUCGGAUGCCAUCACAGACCUCUUGUUGGUUUCAGCACCAACAUAUACAGAGGCUGACCGAGAGGGCAAAGUCUUUAUUUACUUCUAUUCACAACGACCGUACUUUACUUUAUCAGAUACGGUUCUGGUGGGCAUGGCAGGGCAGAGAGGACGAUUUGGCUCUUCUCUGUCCAGUCCAGCAGAUCUGAAUGGAGAUGGUUUCAUGGAUGUGCUGAUUGGAGCUCCCUUGGAAGAAGAUGGACAGGGCAGCAUCUACAUUUUUAAUGGAGGAGUAGAUCGAAUAAAUCCAACAUAUUCACAGAGGAUUGCUGGAUCAUCUGUGCAACCAGGUUUGCGGUUCUUUGGGAUUUCACUAAGUCAGUCCUCUCUAGACCAGAGUGGAGACAACCUACCUGACAUUGCUGUUGGGUCCAUGGGAGCAGUUCUAAUUUUCAGGUCCAGACCUAUCAUGCGCUUGGAAACAAAAGUAAUUUACAAACCAUCUAAAAUCCCAACCAGUGAAACAGACUGCCAAAAGACACUGGAAAACACUCUGACAGUGUGCUUCACCAUGAGUGCAUACAAACAUGCCAUAGCAGAUUUGGCUGCAAAAAUUAAUUACACCAUAAAGCUGGAUGCCAGCUGACAGAAAUUUCGAGCAUACUUCUCAAAAGAUAACCGUGUCCUCAAUGAUCAAAUGACUGUUGGGAUGAAGGAAGAAUGCAAGGAUCAUCGUUUCAUCAUAGAUGCUUGUUCAGAAGAUUCCCUGAACCCGUUGUCCAAUCAGUUAACUUUCAUAUUUGAAGGACUUCCAUCUACAAAAAUGGAAGACUUGAGGCCAAUACUCCUGCCAGAGAUAAAAAACACUUCAGAUCACAAUUUGGAUUUUGAGAUAAACUGUGGAACUGAUAACCUCUGUGAGGAUGAAAUCAGAAUGGAUUUCAAUACUUCUGGAUCUACAAACAUAGAGGUUGGGAUCAUGCAAGAGAUUAAUGUGACAGUGUUUGUGGAGAACAGAGGAGAAAACUCGUACAACACUGACUUCACCCUCAAAUACCCCUUUGGACUUUCUUACAGAAGAAUCACCUCUAAACAGGGCAGAGUGGAGUGUGUGUCUCUUGAUGGUGAGCCAGGGGUUUUAUUGGGAGAGACCAUUUGCCACAUCAUCCUUAAAGCCUAUGCUCAGGCUGUGUUUGAGAUUACAUACAUUAUAAAUAGAGAAAGUAUGUUUGGAAAUAAUGUGACAUUUAGUGCUUCGGUCAAAAGUGGGAAUGACAAACACUCUGAAAACAGUGAAUUAUCCAAGGAGAAAACCAUUGGUGUCAAAUACGCCAUCUAUAUUGCCUUGAUUAGGCAUGAAAAUUCCAGCAUCCACAUUAAUUUUACUGCAGAAAAGGAUCUUCAGAGACCAGUGCAACAAAUAUUAAAGGUUGAAAAUGACUUUAGAGAAUUAGCUUUCAAAGUUUUCAUCAGAGUGCCAGUGAAACUGGGUGAUAUUAACAUCUGGACAAAUACAGAUUUACAAAUUUUAGGCUGCAAAAAGAAUAUGUUGGAGCAACCUGUAAUCACCAAUUUUAUGGAAGUUAUUAAAAAUCAACAUGUUGUGAACUGCUCUGUUGCAGCAUGUGAAGUGUUCAGUUGUGAUGUUAAUCUCAUGAAAAAUGAAAGGAAACUCGAUUAUAUAUCUGAAAAUGUGAGCUCUGGAUGGAUUGAGCAGAAUGGGCUCAGAGCUGCUACUUUUCAGUUGGUCAGUACAGCAUCUCUGGAUUAUGACAAGAGCAAAUAUGUUUUCUUCUCCACUGAUUCUCAACACACUGCUAUAACUGUCCAGAUUAAUACCCAAGUGGAGGUGUAUGAGGAGGUGGAUCAGACAAAAGAGGUCAUUGGUGGGGUAAUAGGAGGACUGCUGCUACUGGCCCUCAUCACAGCAGCCCUUUAUAAGGCUGGAUUCUUCAAAAGCCGAUACAAGCAGAUGCUGGAAGAUGCAAAUGCGGAUGCAGGAGGGGAGCCAUUAACAGAACAAUGUUUCCAUCUAUAGAUUUAUUCAAAAUUUAAGUCAUAAUUUUUAUGAAAAAAUGUAAGAUCCUAUAUAAAUUAUGUUCUGCAAACAGUAUGUUAGAAUUUAUCGAUUUUAGAAUGAAACAUGAAAAUCUCUUUAACCACUCAAAGUAACAGAAUCAUUGCACAUGAUUAGAAAAUGUAGAAAGUGUUACAAAAACUGAUAAAGAGUGUGAACUGUAACAGAAAUAUUGGACUGCUUACGCUAGGUUUGCCUACCUCUUUCUCAGCUUUUCAGUUUUUUAUUAUUAUUUUAUUGUAGUUUUUUUUUUUUUUUUCUGAUUUCCAGGUAAAGGGCAUUUUGAGGUCUGGGUGUAUUUUGGGGAGGGAAAAAAGAAUAUUGGGCUGGCAUCAUACUCAGCAUGCUAAACAGCUUCAUUCAAAUAAUUCUGGUGACCAGGCCAUUGAGAACAAAGGUAUAGAGGGAAUAUAGAGGAAUAGAGGGUGAAUAAAGAUAGACACACAGCUAUUCGGUUGGAAUCAUUUUCCAGAUCAACACAUCAUUAACCUAUUCCUAACCAAAUUAAAAUCGCUCCCUUUAUAGUGCACUAUGUGGCAUUCACAAGCUAUAGGGCAUAAUAAAUUAGCGAGAGUGAUAUCGGGCACAGAAAAUGUCUGUCCAAUGAUCACAUUUAUUUAGUCUAUUGUGCAUGUGUAUGUGCUUUUAAAAUUGUCCGAUCGGACGGUUAUUUCCUUUUAAAUAUGCACAAAACCGGUAAAGUUGAAAAAUCUUGUUUUAAUGCAGUGGUUGAUUGACAGAUAGAACUUUCUAGAACUUCUUGGUUUUAUCAGAUUUGCGCUUGAGAAGUAAAAAAACUAAAACAUCAUACGUCAUUUAUAUGCCAUCAUAAUGGAUGCUACACCCCUGGAUGUAGUCCUAGUACUUAAAACAUAAAACAAGAAUGUUGGCUAAAGAUGGCCAUGAUGGAAAACCAUUAUGGAAAAUGUACAACUCAGUCCACCAAAGUGACAAAUAAAAUAUUUUUUCUAGUCUUCCUAUAUCAUUCAUUCAAUAGAGAUCAUUCAUUCCCUAUUUGACCUUUUUUUCCUCAACCACAAGAUGUCACUGUGGCCUCCAAGCUUUACUCUGGAGCACUCUGAGCUUGAUUGCUAUGCUUAUAACCAUAUGGUCAAAUAAAUAAAUCAGAUUUAAAAGUUUAUUUAUUUAUUUCUAAGGACACUUUUUUCAUUUCUUUUUAA